AUGAUUGAUGCUGAUUCUCUGGUCUUCACUAUCUUCUGGAUCUUCUGUAUGUGGUCUUUUUUUCUCCAAGGUGGUUUCCAGUCCCCUCUGAUGCAUCUAGUGAAUAACAUUGAAUCAGUUCCCCUAGAAUCAAGGAUAAUCCCUCGUUGGCACACCAUUUCAGCCAAAAUAAGAUGGCUUCAGCUUAUGCUGAGUCGUUGGUUCCCUGAUGUUACGGUGGAGAUUGCAACGGCUAUCGACCUGCUGCCAAGUGUGGAACCAACUACUGCGGCUGAGGAAAGGACAACGGCUGACACAGCUCCGGUUUCUCCUCCUGCUCCUUCUUCGGGACAGGAGAACCUCGAUGAUAUGCUUGCCAAUACUCCUCCUGCUACGGGGGAAGCUUCGGGGUUUGGUCACCUCCGUAUUCCUCGAGCAACGAGGGUUGUCAGCCGGUCUACUGAGUCAGAUUCGGACAAGGAGAAAAUGGAAGGACUCCCGUGGCAGUGUCUUAUAAACAAGGGCAUGCAUGUCGGUAAUCGGAGUGUCGUGCUUGUGAAUGAAGGCUUUGUCCGAGCCCAGCACUUGGUGGAUGACUUGAAGGCCCAGCUAGAUGCUCAAAGCCGAGAAACCGAGAAGUUCAAACUUCUCUUGCGAGAAAAAAAGGAUGAGCUGAGCCGGGCCACCGCUCCCCCGAAUCUUCAAUCUGAGCUUGAAGCAGCAAAAAGGGAGAACCUUCAUUUAAAGGCUGAGCUCGACGACGCAGUCGAAAAGAACAAGCUUCUGGAUGGGGAUAACAAAAACCUCAGCCGAGAGAAUGCUGAUUUUGUCACCAAACUUGGUGAGUUUGAAGCUACUAUCGCCCAACUAAGGGAAGGGCUUGAUUCUAUCAAGGUUGAUGCUGAAAAAAGAGAAGAGAAGAUUCGGCAGCUCGAGGCUGAGAGAGUCGGCGAGAAGGAGAAGUUGAGGGUAUUCAAAGAAAAAGUCGAGACACGUGCCCGGAUCAGUGAUGAGCUUAAGGGUCGGCUCGAGGAGGCUAUUCUAGCCAAUAAUAUUCUUCAGACCGAACUGGCAUCCGUCAACGAGGUUCGGAUCACUCUAAUUGACAUGAAGUCCGAGCUAGAGGAGAGACUGAAGAAAGCUCAAGCUGAUAUGGUGGAAGCUUGUAAAGAUGUAGAGGCCGCUGAGGCUCAUUCUACCCUUUUAGUUGAACAUGAGCGGUGGAAAUACCGGAGGGUUACACUCGAGCAAGUUGAACGGGGUAUGGAAGAUAUCCCGCUUCGCAUACUCGAUGCGAGGAUGAUCGAGGAUAAGGCUAAGAAAGCUCUUGAGGAUAGCUCUGAAGAUGAUUCCGAAGAGACCGUUUCUGAGAACUCGGGUUCAACUCAUACCGAGUAA